GAAGCAGUCUUAUUUUUUUUACUUUUUGGUUCCCGCUCUCAAUCGCUUUGCCCCCAAAUCCGUUCUUCUUUCCCGCCCCCCCCCUCCUCUCGGCCCACCGGUGACUGCUAUGGAUAGUGCCACGCAGAUGGAUGUGCCUCGGCCGCUCCAGGACUUGGCGGCCACUGACGGCGCCCGUGAAGUCAAGCGCCAUACUAAAAAAGUCAUUGGCUUUACCGAUCUCGUGACUGAUUUCGUCGAGAAGCGGCUGGCGAUCGAGCAAACCGCGCUCGCAGCGCUCCAGCAGCUCAACGCUGCAACCAAGCGAGCCACAGACCAGUAUGUGGCGCAAGCAAAGCUGGAAAAGUCUGCUCCUUCGCUCCUCGGCAUGUGGACGAAACUGCACGACUUCUCGGUGGGAGAGCACACAAUCCGCUCGGCGAAGGCAGCAGAGCUCUCGUCCACCUGCCAGAAGAUCAGGGCGUACUCUUCGCAGCAAAGGGCAGUGACCAAGAAGCUCUUUGGCGAUCGCAAGGCCAUGGAUAGCGAGAUGAUGAAAGAGCAAGAAGCACUUGCUGUCAGUUUCAAGGCCUAUUCGUCCGCCUGUGCAGCCCGGGAGAAGAAUCAAAAGACAAGCCCAGCCUUCAUGCAGAACGCCCACAACGAGUACUAUUUGCUGCGUGCUUCGACUGCUGUGAGCCAGGCCUGGCACUACAGCGCCUAUAUUCCCGACACCAUGAACAGUUUUCAUGACUUGCACAGCCGCUUGGGUAUUCGCAUUCAAAGUCAGUUCCAAGGUGUUUGCGAGAUUCUGCAAGAAGGCUGCCGUGAGGUGUUGGAUUUGGUUGCCCCGCUGGCGCAUGAAGUGAACGCCGUUGACGGAUCAGCGGACGUGAGCUGCUUUGGCAAGAGUAUUGAGCACCAAAGGCAAUGGCGGCAGAUUCCUCCAGAACCGCCAGUCACCGUUGUCUCGCCAGAGCUGUCUGCUGAGCUGUGUGUGAACGAUGCUACCAUGCCAGCUCUUAAGCUGCUUAUUACCAAUCUAACCACAGAACGGCUCGCCGUGGUCUCGCGAGCAGAGCUGCUGGCAGGCCAAGUCCAGGGAGCUGUGGCGAACUGGAAGACCUACAUUGCCACCCCCAGCUUUGGCGAUCCCGAUGUGCUUUUCAUCGAGCUGAUCAGUCUGCAAAAAUCGCUCCGUGAGGCCACGCUCCGCACCAAAGCGAUCGAUGUCCAGCUGAGUCUUCUUUCGAACGCAACAAGCGCGCUGAGCGACAAGCCCCUCUCCGGUCGGGUUCACAGCUGGGUCCCUGUGCGUACAGGCACCUGCGGCUAUUGUGGCGGCGGUUUUGUCAGCUUUAGCAAGGAGAAAAAAUGCGCGAUUUGCCACUUGUGCGUCCAUGAAAAGUGCGCUUCGAUGCUAUCGGUGGUUUGCGCUGUCGCCAGCAAGAAUCAUGGACUGACCGAGCCCCCAGUCACUCCAACAUCCCCGAGUCCAACCCCUACUCCCCGAACUCGUUCUGCAGCGCCAACUCCUGAAACUUUUUCGCAAUCCGUGCAGACGGCCAUUGUCAACCACACGUUUGAGGCCCAAGAACCGGACCAGUUGUCAAUCUACGCCGGCGAGACGAUUCAAGUACUCGACACAUCCGACCCCUUGAACUGGUGGAUUGGUCAAUCCUCGCGAGGCCGCGGCGUCUUCCCGGCCAAGUACGUCACUUUGAACAUGCAGCGAACAAUGUCCGUUUCGCGUGCACCACGCCCGAUGGCUCCAGAGCCUUCUUCGUCUGGACGCCCAGCCGAGGAGGAAGCGCCUCCACCCGUCGCACCUCGGACGACCAGCACUAUGCGCAACGUCAAUCGAAUCUCUGUCGUGCCGCCCGGAGCAGUACCCCUUGUAUUGCCAACGGGCAUGACUCGCGGCCCCGAGCCAACCAAGCCGUCCACUGCACCGAAGCCGGCAGAGUCUGCCACGUUGCGCGCAAAGCGGCCGGAUAAUUUGCCGCCCGUGAGCCAUCGCCUCUCCCAGUUGGGCGUGCCCUCUCCUUCCCCUGUGGCCGUGAGCCCGACAGCAAACAGCAAGGUCAGUACGCCACCCAGCAGUGCAUCAUUUCAGCCUCAAAGGGGUCGCUCGCCCCUCCCAACGCCAGUCGACGACGACGACGACGACGAAGACGACAAGGUGGGACUGUACGAGGAAGCUGACGUUGAGACGACUGCAAAGGUUUUGUACGACUAUCAAAGCAAUACGGAAGGCGAUCUCAACGUCCGAGCAGGCGAACUGGUCGUGGUCAUUGGCCAUCUCGACAAAGGCUGGACCGAAUGCCGUCAGGGUCGCAAGGUUGGCGUUGUCCCCACCAGCUAUUUGCAAAUCUGCUAAAAAAAGUGAUGCGUGGAAAAAAACAAAAAAAAAAAAAGCAGGCUGCAGAUGAAAUUGUGUUGAACAUUAGAUGCGUAUGUUGUUUGCUGAUUGUGCGGGGCGUGAAAUCGUCCAUCAAACCGCCCAUUCGAAUGAAUUGAAAGUUCCUUAAAGUGCAU